CAGUCUCCCUAGAAAGUUCCGUUUGUUUUCUUGCCUUUAGCGCGACAGUGGUGCUGCUGCUGAUCCUCAGCAGAGUGUGUGUGCGAGUGUAGAUGGUGGACUGUUCCCGGUGAAAAAACAGCGACCCCCGGCCGCAUUAAAAUGCCUCAUCGCCGCGUAUAAACGGGUGAAACUCCGCGGAGGGGAGAGAGUCAGGUCUCCAGGCAGGUUUAGAGGAAAAUAAAGGCAGGAUGUUGCAAGUUUUAGCUUGUGGCGCCGUAGUUUUCCCCGGUCUCUUUUUCGCAUUCAGGAGAAUCCUGCCUUGUGUGUUCAAACACUGGAACGAUGCCGACGUGGUGCUGGUCAGCGAGAGACUGGUGUCCUCCAUCCAUGCCGUCAUGGCAACCACGGCAGGAGCCAUCGUUGUGGCAUCAUGCCGGGACAACGUCGUUAACGGCAGGCACUGGCUGGCCACCUACUUUGUCAUCUGGUACGGUGGGCCCUACAUGACCUAUGACAUCAUCGCCAUGUACCUAAGUCACUUCCACCGCUUCCGCGUCAAAGGGCACGAGGACUACAAGCAGCAUUCACUGAGGACCAUAAACUCCUUCAUCCGCAGAGAGUUCCUGCUGGUGUUGCAUCACAUCGCCCUGCUCACAGUCCUGCUGCCUGUCACACUGUUCUUCAGAAGGGACCAGGGGGAUUUCUUCAUUGGCUGCUUGUUUCUAACAGAGCUCAGCACGCCCUUCGUCUCCCUGGGGAAGAUACUUAUUCAGCUCAGCCUCCAGAAUUGCUGGCUGCACAAGGCCAAUGGCGGUAUGGUACUGCUCACCUUCUUUAUGUGCCGCAUCGCCCUCUUCCCCUACAUGUACUGGGUGUACGGCCGCCACUACGGCAUCCCGCUGUACAGCGUGCCCUUCCACCUGCCGCUGUCAACCAACCUGGGCAACGUGUGCAUCCUGGCGCCGCAGGUCUACUGGUUCGUCCUUCUUUGCCGAAAGGGCUUCCGUCUGUACCGGCGUAGCCGUAUGCCAGACUUGUCUCCUGCGGCCCCUGUCACUGACAAUCCCAAGGAUGAUUGAUAUCCAGUUCACGAUUGCUCGCUCAAGCCGCACACUCAGCUACUAACGCAACUACUUCUGCAAAGGCACUAGUUUGACUUAACACAUUUCAAAUCCCACCAUUGAACUGUAGUACACCAGGACUGCCUGCUCUCGUCCCACAACCCCUGGGCAUUCUCCACACACUUUAAAUCCUCUGUUUCAAAAAUCUGCUGCCUAAGUGGACCUCUCCACCUAUCCAGCUCUACUACUGAAGUUUGAUGAUUUCUUGUUUGAUUUUUUUUUUUUUUUUUUUUUUUUUUUUGGGGAUUUUGGCUCUUGCCUGGAUCUUUUUGAAGUGCUACACUGCUUCUGUCAACAUUUACAACACUGAAGAAAGGUCAUGUUUGCUUCACUGCGGGUAAACCUUGGCAUAAAAGAGCUUCCAUAGAGAGACAUUAUCUUAUCGCCUACUCCUACUGUGUUUACAGCCUCUGCUGAUUUGGAAGGUCUGUUACAGUGUAUGUGUGAGUGGCUGUUACGACAGGUUGUAUUUAUUUGAAUGAUUUUACUUUACUGUGUCGGAUAGUUGCGCUUCCUCUCCCAUCCAUUCACUCAUCCCACCGACGAGAAGAAUUACGAAAAGUGGUGGGUGGGAUGCAAAUUCAGGCAGUAUUAGGAAUACUCGCGAGGAAUACAUGUCACCUCAUUUACAUUUGAGAGCUUAAAACGGCUACAUUUGUUACCACCCAGUUAAUGUGACUUUUCACCCCUGUUCAUUUUGUCCGUAGUUUCCAUACAGCAUGUUACCGGUUGUUUUCUCCUGUUUGUUAGGCCACAGAGAAGGGGGUGAUGGGGGACGUGGUGAUGCCUAAUGUGUGAUGAACUCAGGGCCACGGUCAGAGCAAUAAGGUGAGCAGAGGCUCACCUGGGCAAACGUAUACAGAGGAUUGCAAUUCCUAAGCAAUCGGCUACAAAAAAAAACAUGGCGGAUAUCAGGAGUGAUCAUUCCUGAAACUGAUCAUUAACAUCCAGUAACUGCUGUGUUUUCCCUGAGGCUCCACAGAUUUAUAUGCACUUGUGUAUCAGCUGUUGCAUUGAGCACUUCACACGGGGCUGUAUAUAGUUAAUGUUUUAGUUUCAUCACAAAAACAAAGAUAGUUUUAAAGCUUAAACCUAUAUCUCAACAUCGCAAUUGGGCCUGAGAGGACCAUUUCUUUUUUGACAUGCAAAGCAUUUUUUUUGUUGUUGCUCGAUUCACAGUUGCAUAAAGACAUUUAUCUUAAAGGCAUUGAUGAGAGAAAAUCACAUGCUUCACUUUUGAUCUUAAGAAUAUUAUUUCUUCAUAUCAAGAAAUAAAUAGAAGAUAUUCUUUUCAUAGGAAUGCGGUGGGGUUAGUUUCAUCAAUCUAGACCCUAAAGUUAAUUUAACUAAUAAUAAUAAUUUUGGUCAUUCAAGCUUUGUAGUGAAGUAACUGAUUUAAGUGUGCGUUUAUGACCCUUUUUUUUUUAUUUUUUUAUUUUAAUUUUUUUUAUGUCCUGCAAUUUCAAUCUAUGCAAAAAAGAGGCUGCGGUGCAUGUACAUGUAUACAACACUAAUGUCAAGUCAUAUCAAAUUGAUCCACACCUCAGUAUGUUAUUUUCUGGGACCAUACAUUUAUUUCUCCUGUACAUUUCUACUGAGACUUCACACUACAAAUCAUGGUCUCAUGUUGCAUUUUAGUUGGAAGUUAAAAAGGUCUUUGCUUGUCUUUUAAAUUUACCUCAGUGUUUUUGAUUCAUUUAAAUUCAUGGAAUGCGGGGCGGGGGGGAGGUGUAUAUUUAUUAUUAGUAGUUUUUGUAGCAUUCAACAACAAGUUUACUAAUGUUUGGAUACUGACUUGAUAGGCCUGUCACUUUAAAAAAAA